AUGAACGAGUUUGUAGUAGUUAAAGACACAACUUUCCUUAAAAAAAAAAAUCGAAAAGAAGCAAAUGAUGAGAAUAGUUUGAAGAUUUAUAGGGAAAGAAGUAAACAGUUAGGUACUCUUAGUCGAAAUGAUGAUUUACUUUCUUUAAGUAAAGAUGAUGGAGACCAAAUCAGGUCUAACAAACAUUACAGUAAUGUUUCAUCCAAUGUAGCCAAAUAUGACAGUAAUGGUAAAUGUACAUUUUUGAGCAUAACGAAAAAUAUGAGCACAAUUAAGAAGUGUAAUAAUGCAAACAUAAUAGUAGAGGGAAAUGAUUAUGAAUUUGAAAAGGACGAUGUGUUUUCAAGUGAAGAGGGGUUUUCAGAAUCGAUAGGUAGUAAUAAUUUAAGUUCCGAUGAUGAAGAAGUCCCAGAUCUAAUAGGAAAGGUGCACAAUAACAAAAACAACUGUGCUUAUAACAAUGCGUGUAGUGGUGAUAAUAACAAUGCGUGUAGUGGUGAUAAUAACUAUGCGCGUAGUGGUGGUAAUAACAAUGCGCAUAGUGGUGGUAAUAACCACUGUGAAGUACUUAUACGAAUACGAUGCAGGAAAAAAAGGAGCAAAAUAAAUGAAGAUGACAAAACAGAACAAACAAAUUGUACGGAGGAAAAAGGUAUAAAAUACGAUAAUAACUAUCUUUAUAUAAAUAAUCAAAAUUUCUUAUUUGAUAAAAUAUUUUCCGAAAAAGCGAAGCAAGAAGAAGUAUAUUCCUAUAUAUCAGAUAAAUUUUUAAAUAAUUUAUUUCAAGGUUAUAACUGUACUAUUUUCGCUUAUGGUCAGACAGGGUCAGGUAAAACAUUUACUAUGGGCUUUGAUUAUAUGAACCAAUUUUCACAUACUGUUGGUAUUUUACCAAGAUUCUUAAAUGAUAUAUAUAAUAUUAUCGAGAAAAGGAAGAGCACAAUAGACUAUGAUGUAUCCUGUACCUACAUCGAAAUAUACAACGAGGAGAUUAUCGAUUUGAUUGAUUGCGUUGAGGAAGACUACAACGACAAAUUAUACAGUAAUGGCGAGGGCAAUGGUAACGGUAAUGUUAGCACCAACAUUAGAAGCAACAUCGACAGUAACAUAAACGCUAACAUCAAUGACAAUAAUCAAAGUGGAAAAAGGGGUAAAAGGAAAAAAAAAAAAAUAAAUAAAAAUAUAUCCAUAAGAGAGGAUACUAACACAAAGGAAAUAAUAUUAAUGGGGGUGAAGAAUGCAAAAGUGCAAAAUGCAAGAGAAGUUUUUUCAAUUUUGCAUAGAGGGAAUUUAUUUAGAACUACAGAAAGGACUUUUAUGAAUGACAAGUCAAGUAGGUCUCAUGCUAUUUUUACAAUAAAUCUAAUACAACGGAAAAAAUCAGUGAAAAAGGAAAAUGAAAAAGAUAGUGUUAAUGGCAUGGAUUCAAGUGAAAUAGGUGGAAGUGGAGGUGGAAUUACGAAAGCUAUCGCAAAGAUGGGGGAGAAUAAAACUGAUGAUAGGGGUGAUGAGGUGGAUUAUAAAACUAAAGAAUGCGAAAUAGUUAAAGACUUAUAUAUCACGGAAGGUUGCAACAAUAAUACUAAUGAAGGUGAGGUGAUAUGUUCAAAGUUUCAUUUUGUUGACUUAGCAGGGAGUGAAAGAGCUAAAAGAGCAGAAACGAAAGGAAACAGACUUAAAGAAGCAAUUAACAUUAAUUAUGGAUUGUUAUCAUUAAGUAAUGUUAUUUAUAGUUUAUCUAGUAAUAAAAAGAGUCAGCAUAUUCCUUAUAGGAAUUCAAAAUUAACAAGAAUAUUACAAGAUUCUCUCGGUGGAAAUAGUAAAACUAUUAUGAUUGCAUGUAUAAGCACGGAUGCAGCAGAUUUUUAUGAAACAUUUAGCACAAUUAAGUAUGCUGCCAGAACAAAAAAAAUUAAAAAUAGCCCAAUAAUUAAUUAUGAUAUUAACAGCUUAGUUAUUAAUGAUCUAAGGAAACAACUAUACACCUUAAAUCUAGAACUAAAAAAAAAUAAAAUUGAAUGUAAGAACAAGUAUAACACAAUAGAUGAUACAAAAUUGAAAGUUUUAACCAACCAAAAUAAACUAUUGAUGCAAAGAAUUAAAAAAUUAAAAAUCAAAAGAAAAAAAUUAAUUUGUCUUAUAUUUUAUUAUUUAACUUUGUUAAGGGAUAAAAAUGAGUAUACACCAAACGAUUCAAAAAACAAUUAUUAUAGCAUUGUACAGAAUACGAAUAGCUGCCCUGUGGAUCCAUCGAAUGGUAAGGCUUAUACUACUAAAGCUAAAGCAGCAUAUGUUCGUGGUGUUGCACUGGGAAAGGAAGCUAUUCACUGGGGGAUGAAAUCGCAUGAGCAGGGUACAAAAUUCGCAAGUGUUUAUGACGCCCAUGGACAUGCAAGCAGUUACAACAAUGAGAAUAACGGUAGUAAUGGUGGUUACAAAGGUGGUAGUAACGAUGGUAGCAUCAGUGGUAAUCGUAGCAGUAAUAAUCAAUCUUCCUGUGCUGUUCCAUUACAAAAGAGUAGCAAGUCAGACAAUAUUGCGACGAAUAAUUUCCUGGUGACUUCAGAUCCUAUUUUGUUCCAAAAAAAUAGUCAAUCAUACGUUCAAGAAAAGAUAACAUAUAAAAAUUAUGAUUUCACAAACUAUUCUAAUACGGCAAUUGAAGAAGGUACAGCAAUCAGCCUUAGUAAUGAUUGUAAUGAUGCAUGCAGACGAGGGGAAAAACACUGCUUUACAGUUAAGAAAAAUGAUACCCUACACAGGAGCAAUAGUGAGACUACUAGCAGUAGUAUUCGUGAGAACAGUAGUAACGGUGCGAACAAUAGCAAAGAUGCGAACAAUAGCAACGAUGCGAACAAUAGUAACGAUGCGAACAAUAGCAAAGAUGCGAACAAUAGUAACGAUGCGAACAAUAGCAACGAUGCGAACAAUAGCAACGAUGCGAACAAUAGCAAAGAUGCGAACAAUAGCAAAGAUGCGAACAAUAGUAACGAUGCGAACAAUAGCAACGAUGCGAACAACAGUAACAGUGGUAAUAUCUACAACAGCUGGGCAGUUAACUCCUCCGAGAAUAAAUCAGAGGAUGGUCAGAACAGCAAAAAGGAGAACAAUUUUAGUGUUGUAAAUGGUUGCUCUUAUGACUCAUACAAACUCGAUGUAUGUCCCCCCGCAUGUAAUGAAGCUAUUUCUUUAACAAAUCAACACAAAGAAAAUGAGAAUAAGAAUGAGAACGAAAAUGGACAUAUUAAUGAAAAUAUAUGUGUUGAAAAAGUAGAAGAAUAUGAAAAAGAUAUGAAGGAGAAUAAGGAUCUUGUUACGGCUUCUAGGGAAAAAAUUUGGGAUAAAUUAUUUAACGCGAAAAAUGUACCAUUAGAGGGGUUAUUUUAUGGCAAAACAGAAAAUUCGAGCAAACUUUGCGGAAGGAAAAAUAUAAUGGAAGGAUGCAAAAAAGUAUAUCACUGGAAGAACGGUCACAGUGAUAACUGUAACGAUACAUGUAGCGAUAAGUGCAACGAAGAUCUUGAUCUGGAUCAGUACCUCCACCACGACUUCACGCCUUUCGAAAGUAAAUAUCUCUUCCUUAAUUUAGAAGAAGAUAAAAAGGAAGUCGAACGCAUAUUCAGACAGUACGAACUCAAUCGCUAUAAUGAGAAAAGGCUGAAAGACCUAAAUAAAAAAUAUAAUUCUAUAUUUGAAAAAAAUAAAGCAUACGAAAAGAAAAUUGACGAACUGAAAAAAAUGGUUAAAAGGAUGAAAAAAAAUACAAAAUUGACUAUAGCAUAUGGGAAAUACAAACAUAAGAAAAAAAAGUCUAGGGUUAGCAAAAAUAUGAGAGAGAAAAAAUACCCUUAUAAUUUAAGUUUAUUGAAAAAAUCAAUUUAUUAUCCUUUAAAUAAUAUUUAUAUGCCAUCUUUUUCAGAAUGUAAGGAAAAGAAUUAUUUUAGUGACAUACCGUUUGAAAGAGAAGUGAAAAAUAAAUUGGUAAAAAAUUUUAUAAAAAAAAAAAUCUAUUCAGAUACAGAAAUUGAUGUUAAUAAAAGUUAUAACCCUUUUGCUAGUUAUAUAACAAAUAGCCAAAAUGAUAAAGGGCCAAAUGAACUUACACGUAACCAUAUUUUGUGGAAUAAAUACAAAAAAGGGAAAUUUGUUCUAAUGCACAAAAAUUAUUGCAACCCAUUAUUAUAUAUGAACAACUGUGUAAAUGGUAAGCCGAUAUAUUGCUCAAGCAAAAUUGACAACGCUAAAUGGGCUGACAGUAUUUCGUCUGAUAUUUUAUGUGUCAGUGAUGACACUGUUAAGGUUGGCAGCUUGUCCGUGAGAAGAAGUGGUAGAAAGGGGCUGCAGAAAUGUAGACACAAAAAUUGGCUUAAUGAAAACUUCGAAAAGAGCGAAACGCGCGAAAUGGCCGGGGGAACAAAUAAUGCCAGUUCCAGUGAUCGUUACAAGCAAAAUGAAAGGAAUGUUGACGCAGAUCUAAUUAAAUGUGCAGGAUGUAAACUGCAUAUGACAAGAAGCAGUCAGGAUGACAAUGAAGAAUAUAUAUAUGAGGAAAGUAACUACUCAACUAAUGGAAGUAGCCCAUAUAAUAGUAGUAACGUUUCUCCUAAAUUUCUGAAAAAUAAAUUGAACAAAUUGCAUAAAAUUAUAAAAGACGAUAUAUGCAAAUUUAAAAAGGUUAACAAAGAGAAGGAAAAGUAUAAUGCAAAAAAUGAACUUUUAACGAACAGUAUAAUGAGUUUAAAAAAAAAACUGCAAAUGUUACAAGUCAAUAGUCAAAAUGAUAAGAACUGUAAAAAAAUAAAAGAUAUGAAGAAGGAAAUAGUAAGAAUAACAAAUGAGAAGCAAAAGAUUCAAAAAAAGUUAGUUGAUAAUGAACAGGUGAUAAAACACUUAAAGGUGGACAUCACCAAAAUGAAAAAUAAUUUUUUAAAAACAAGUACACUCCUAAAAGAAGAGCAAAAAAAGCAUACUAAUAUUAUACGUAAAAAGGAAAAUAUAAUAACCAAGUUACAUGAGAGAGAAGAGCAUUUUAUUAAUAAACUGAAAAAAAAAGAAGAAGUAAGUAAGCAAGCAUAUACUAAAUUACUCAAAAGAAAUCAAGAAUUAAAUGAACAAUUAAGAAAAUUAAAAAAAAAAGGCAUAAAUGCUAAGGCAGGAAAAAUUAGUAGAAAAAAAGGGCACAUCGCUCACCCACGUUCCAAGAGUGCUAAUAAUAGCCAUAAUGAUGAUAAUAAUGAUAACACUAAUGACGAUAAAGAUAAUAAUUCUGAUUAUAAUAAUGAUAACAAUAAUAAUGAUGAUUAUAAGGGGCCUAAAUUGACAGGUGUUUCAAAAUUUAGCGAGCAAAUAUUAGGCAAAGUGUUCUCCCCUAGAGAGCUGGACAGUCGCAGCAAAAAAGGAGAGAGAAGUAGUAGUAGUAGUAGUAGUAGUAGUAGUAGUAAUUGUAACAGUAGUAAAAGUGGCACUGGUGAUAAUAACUGCUUAACGAAGGACGAUCUCAAUAUCCUCUCACUGAGCAAUCUUCCUUUAGGUGAAUCAAACGUAUCCGUUUGCGACAUCCAAAACAGCCGCUUUUUGGAUCACUCUUUAUGCAAGUCCAAUAUAAGUCAGUAUGCGAUUCAAAAUAAUUUGAAAAAUAAUGUUAAAAUUAACAAAUAUUUAAAGGAAUUUUUCAAAAAAAAGAAGAAGCUUUCGUCUACAAAAGCAAAACUGGAGAGGGAAAAAGGCAUGAACAAGCAAGUUAGGAAAAUAUUGAAAGCCUUAUACGUAAAAAGGAAGAAUGAAGACGAAGAGCGGGGUGGAAGAGUAAGGGGAAGUGAAGGAGGCAUCGGCUGUGGUAAAUGGGGUGAAUGUAGGAAAGGGAGUGAAGAAAUCAAUGUAGAGAGGAGUGGAAAUAUUAGUCUUCUCGUGGAAAAAGUAGAAGAACCACUUGAUGGUAAAAAAAUACAUAUUCUAUGUAAUAACACAGAAGGGAAAAUAUGCAGCAAUUCAAAUGAUGAGUGGGAAAUAGUAGCCCUUAAGAAACAUACAAAUAAACAAAAAACGGGAGAAGCAGGACAUAAAGGAGAAAGAGGUGAAGGUGAAGGCGGAGGAAGUGAGGAAGAAAAGGGCGAAAACGGAGGAGGAGAAAACGAAAGAGGCGAAAAUGGAAGAGGCGAAAACGAAAGAAGCGAAAACGAAAGAGGCGAAAAUGGAAGAGGCGAAAACGAAAGAAGCGAAAACGAAAGAGGCGAAAACGAAAGAAGCGAAAACGAAAGAAGCGAGAACAAAGGUUCAAUCUUCCCGAACGUCCCUCUUGAUGAAAAAACAGAUGAAGACGUUUUGUACUAUGAAAGGAAGCUAAGCGAGUCGAACGAACUGAUCAGAAAACUAAAAAAAGAUAUGAGAAAAGAAAAGGAACAGUUCAUAUUGCAAAAGAUAGUAAAACAUUUACUUAGCAAGGUACAAUACAAUUUAAAAAAACGAAAAGAAGCAGAACGAAAGAUAAUAUCGUUAAAGAAAUUUAUAUAUUCCGAAAAUAUGUUUAUAUCAAAAAUUUAUAAUAACUAUUUUUAUCUAAGUAAUGCACUCAACAGUUUUACAGGACCAAUUAGUACUAAUUAUUUGAAUAAGCCUAAUGGUCAAUUUUACUCUAACCGAAUAAAUACCGUUUGUGGUAGGAAGUAUAACGAAAUUAUUGAUUUACUUAAUUUUGAAAAUUUGAAAAAGGGAAAAGGAACAAAUGACAUUAUGGAUUUAUACAUAUAUGACAAAAAUAAUGGGGAUCAUAUGAAUAAUGGUGCAUUUAUUUUUCCUUAUGAUUGUAAGAGAAGAAAUACAUUUAGCACAUCAAGGGAAUUAUUCACAGACACAGAAAAGAAUAGCAAUACAACAAAUAUAAAAAAGAGAAGCUUUGGAAGUGGACUAAUGGGAAGUGUUUAUUUAGAUCAUUACAAUAAAAAAAGAGUAGUUUUAUCAAAGAGUAAUAAUAUUAUUGUUAAAAAUAAUUAUUCAACAAAAUUGGUGAACAGACAUUUAGACCCCUUUGAUUUAAAUCAAAAUUGUAUUAACAUUGAUGUUCAAAAAGAUUUAUCUAUUGAAAGCAACUUAGAUCAAUUAUCAGUCAAUUAUGAUCAUGUAAAUUGUAGAAAAAAAUUAGAAGAUGAAAAUUUGAAAGUAAAGGAAUUGAACUGUUCAUAUGGAAAUGACUUGUACAUUAACAGAGUAAGGGGAAAUUUUGUAAAUGAUAACAAGGUGAUGGUGCGCAGUACCAUCCAUUUGGAUGAUCAAAUGCAUUAUGAUAUAUUUUCAAAUUUUGGCAUAAAGAGGAAGAGUAUUGAUAACUGUUAUAUUUAUGCCAAUAAGGAAAAUAAUGGUAGCGGGGUUGACCAUAGCAUUGAUCCAUCACUUCCAUAUAGCAGUUGUAGAAAUGGUGGAAAUGGGGAAGGAAAGGGAAAGAAAAGUAAUAUGAACAAUGCCGAUUUCAAUGUAAAUGGAAUUGAUAGUGGCAGUAACAGUCGCAGUGACAAGCACAACGUUAAUAUCAGUACUAAUGAGCUUGCGGGUGGGGAAGAUUUAAAGGCUGUGUACAAGGCCAAUGCUCUUAUUGCUCUCAAUGACUCAUGUGCAAACGGAGUGAAGAACAUACAGCAAAAGGAUUGUUGCCUUAAAUCUAAAAGUUGUGACAGUAAAGAAUUAAAUAAUAGAAAUGUAUGUAUUAAUGAUGUAUGUAAGGAAAAGAGGAAGAAGAUGUUAAGUGAUACCACAUUUAGCGAAGUACGCAUUAAUAAAGAAACUAAUAUAAACGAUGGAAAAGUGAAUGAUACGAAUAACUUCGAAAUUAACAAUGUGAAGGAUAAAUUGAAAGUCAGAAAAAAAAAAAAAAAAAAAAACUCCAUUUAUACAGAAUCAAAAUUCAUAGAGAGGGAAAAUGUAAACAACAUCGUGACAGAACAUACUAAGGGAAGUAGUAAGCAUACAGUUUUGGUUGGACAAAAUAGUACAGGGACUAAAACAUAUGAUAUAAAGCCUGAAGUGAAUGCAGUAACUGCUGCUUCGUGCAGUUGCAAAAAGGAUGGAAGUUAUCACAAUGAUGGUGAUAAGCAUGGACAGGUAUCCCAAAAAAAAAGCUUUGAUGACCGUACUAAAUAUUAUGAUUUGAAAAAAAUAGAGAAAACACAGGACGAAAUUAUUAACAUGUUCAGAAAUAAAAUGAAUGACCUAACUAUAAGUGGUGAAACUUUAGCUAAUAUAAACAUUAUGGAGGAACAUUUUAAAGGAAGAAUAUUUAGUAAUAAUAAGUAUGAUAAUGAGACUAAUGCGGAUACUAUAUAUUAUAACAAUUUAGGAAGACAGAAAAAAUAUAAAACGGUAUGCAUAAAAAAUUGUCAUAAAUAUGGAGUUAGUGGUUUAUGUGUGAAAGAAACGAAUGAUAAAGGUUUACAAUUCUUAAGUAGUUCUAUAAAUAAUAUAAAGUUAUGGGAUGGUAAAAAAGCGAUAUGGAAUUAUGAUCAUUUGAACAUAAAAAAUGAAAAAAGUUCAUUCAUAAACAGUUUACUUAUUUCUUUUCAAAAUACUUGUUUUUUUGCUGGUAUAAAUAACUACGUACAUUUGUUUGAUAUAAGAGCAUAUCCUAGAUAUGUACAAAAAUAUUAUUAUAGUGAUAAAAAUGAUGGAAGCUUAUUACUUUCUCUAUUAAAUGAUAAAUCUAAUUACAUACCUCUCAUGUUUAGAAAUACACAUACAUAUAAAUCCAAUAAAGAAGAUGGGUGGGCAUCAAAUGAGCAAGGCCCCUUUGUGGUUAGUAGCUAUGAAGACUUAAGUGAAAAUAUAGAUAAUACUAACUUAUUUAAUAAUAAGAAGAAUGCAAAAAAUUAUUAUACAGGAAUGAAUUAUGAAUCUCCCAUGGAUGAUGAAAAUUUUGUACAUCGUAAAGAGGAUGAGAUGAGCGAAACAAAAAAUAGAAUAAAUAAUAUUAGUACGAAAACAGAUAUGCUAGAUGAAGAGGUAAGAGACAAAAUAAAAGUAAUAAAAAAUGUCGAAAAUUUUGAGUCAGAAUAUUGCAUAUGUGCAUGUGGAAAUGAAAAUUUUAUAAAAGUUUUUGAUAUACGAAAAAAUGAUGAUAACAUGUGGCUAGCCAAAAUCCCUAUUUCAAAUAAAAUUGAAUAUAUUACACAUAUUCCAAUAAAAAAAAAUGGAAAAAAUGAUAUAAAAGAUUCCAACAUAUUAAAAAAUAUAAUUAUAGCUAGUAGAGAUAAAACUGUGAAAAUAUGGAAAAAAGGAUGGGUAUCUUUUUACCCUCCUUCGUAUGAUUGGUGUACAUCUCUUUGUCAUUUUAAUCUUAAUGAUUUAAUAAAAAAUAAUCUCAAUAUGGAUGAACAACUAGAUGAUUACAAAAAUUACAUUCUAAAUUAUGACUCGUUAAUUGUAUCUGGAAGUAGGGACUCACAUCUUCGUUUUUGGCUGUACUCAACAGAUAACACAACAAAUGAAUAUAACAAAUUUAUGAAAAUUAUUAAGAACGCUCACAUGGUUGAUAUAACGAGUGUAUCCAAAUAUCAGGGAAGCAACCUCAUUACAACGGAUAGGUACACGAGGCGGUGCUACUACCUUUUAGUGGUGCUGUCACUGGACGGAUUCAUUCAAUUAUGGGAAUGCAAUCUUUCAAUUAAUGAAAAUAAAAAGUCUUUAUUGGACAUGGAAAUUUAUAAUAACCAAUUAAAAUUAACAGUAAACAAGCUGGGAAAAACAUUCAGGCAUUCGUCAAAUACUAUCAACAAGGUUGUAAGUCACGAAAGCAGCUUUUUAACUGCGUCUAGCGACGGAUCGAUUAAACUUUUUUAUGAAAAAUAA